AUGACAGAGGCCUUCGUCCAGGGCAUGCGCCAUGUCUCCAGGAUCGCUGCUUGCGUGCCGCCGCGGACGACAAAACUCGUUGACAGGCUACCAGCUUCCUCCGACCGGAGCUUCUCAUAUCACGUACCUAGACGGAUAUCAAACCUAACAGCCCCGAAAACUAUCGCCAGCCAAUUACGCCAGCCGAGCAAGCUUCCCCUUAGAAUAUGGCCGCUUCGGGUCGAGAUUCCUGCUGGGCAAGGCGCAGAGUCCAGGUCGAGAUCAAGUCCACCUCGGAUGGGAUGCUUCGCUAGAAAAGAUGGACAGAUAUCAGAACUCGGAUUUUCAGGACUUGGGAAGUAUCAAAAAGAUGUCGGAGGCAGCCGGCGUCGAGGAUCACCCCUGAUUCGGUGGCGAGGAUUCCACACUACGCGCCUCGAAAGACAAAAGGCAGAGAGGGAAAAAGAUGGGCAUACAAAACAAGGAACAGCAGAAGAUGCCUCAAGGUCAGACUCCGCAAAGGAGUCUGCCUCGCAGUCUGGCUCAGGACAGCAGCAUUCCUACCAAAGUCGUUUCUACGAUAGACUACACAUGCCGCAGUUUCACCGUCCUACAAAGGAAGAACUUCUGGCUGCGGCCACCGGUUUCUGGUCUCGCCUCAAGGUACAUUUCAAAUGGUUCACAAUAAAGAGCACGAGACCUUUCAAUCUAGAUGAAAUUGUCGGUUUCAUCUCGUGGAUUGCGCUGGGUCAUGUCAUCUGGAUCGUUGUCGGUACUACGACCUUCGUUUCUCUGGCCAUUCUCGCCAUCAAUACCGUCUUUGCACAAGAGACCCUCGCUGGUUGGAUUGGGAAUUAUCUGACCAAAUCCUCUGGCCUUCAAGUCGUUUUCGAAUCAGCCAUUGUGCCCAAAUGGGGUGAUGGUGUCAUCACAUUUAAAAACGUCUUCGUCUCCAGGAGGCCCGGCCGAGCCCAAUCUCGGGUCACCAAAGGAUCUCCUCAAGCAGCAGCACAAGCAUCCUCGGCAGAAGAUCCCGUGCCUCCAGAAGAACAAAAUUAUACACAAUUUGACAUCACAAUCGGGGAGGUCAAUGUCACCCUGUCGUUUAGCAAAUGGUGGAAUUCCAAAGGCCUGCUGCAAAAUGUGGAGGUCAAACACGUGAGAGGAGUUGUCGACCGCACUCACGUUUUUGCAACCGGCGAAGUCAUUGACCCAAAGUCGCUUCGACACGAGCACAAUCCUGGGGAUUUCGAGAUCGAGUCCUUCAAGAUUGAAGAUCUUUUACUGACAAUCCUUCAACCCGAAGGAUUCCGGCCAUUUCCCGUCAGUAUUUAUAACGCCGAUUUGCCUCGGCUGCGGAAGCAGUGGCUGUUUUACGAUUUUCUCUGUGCCAACAGCAUCACGGGCGAGUUCGACAAAUCUCUCUUCACUAUCCAUCCGCGGCAAACACACUCGUAUACUGGCACAACACUUAACGAUCCCGAAGAUCCAUCCAACGAACCUUGGAAGAAACAGUCCCGGAUUCGCAUCGAUGGCAUAAACAUCGACCACAUAAACCGUGGAGUGGUUGGCCCCUUAUCUUGGAUUCAUGAAGGCAAUGUUGAUAUUGUGGCGGACAUUAUGAUUCCGAAUGACGGCGAGGAAUCUGUCAUGAAGGUCGUGACUGAUUUCUAUGAACGAAUGGAAGCCACCCUGACGUCAAAGAAACAUCUGGAGCAGCAACGUUACGGCGAAAUUUCUUCUGAGGAUGAGCCCAUUGCCUCCGGUGGUGUCGUGCUAACAACUCCAAAUUCCCAACCGGUGAGAGAUGAGGACAAGCGCUUCAUCGUAAUGGAUCUCCGAGUUCAUUUGAAUGACGUUCGUGCUGUUGUUCCCCUUUUCACCCGCGAUCUAUCAUAUAUCAACAACGCACUUAUCCGUCCCAUCGUUGCCUAUAUCAAUUCCCGGAGGACGUUCAUUCCGAUCAACUGUCGGGUGGUCAAGCGUCUUUCGGAUUUUGACGGCAGCUGGACCGUAUUCGACUCCGGAUUGAUGGACGAUCUGUCGGCGGAAGUGUACGACGCCUUUGCAAGAGACGUGACAGAUGAGCAGGCACGGUUGAGACGAUUCAAGAAAGUCGGGUUGUGGAGUUUGCAGCUUGCGGUGCAGGCCAUAUUCCUGGUAAGUUCAGUUGGCCUGAUUUUCUCCGCUUGA